AUGCCACAUCCUCCUCUACAUAAAACAAAUGAGGCUAAACUGAAAAAUAAGCCAUCAUGGGAGAUCCGAGAGUUUGAGAAAGCAGUUGCAAGAGCCUUGAAUGGCAGCAAUAUUGAUGAAGAUGAGAGUGAUGCCGAGCUGGAGACAGACAAAUCUAGCAAUGAUGAGGAGAAUGACCAUAACACACUAUCAAAUCUUCCAGGGUGCCUCCUUGCUCUCAAAGGUAUCAAGGACAAGAUGUUGUCAUUGACCAAUGAACAUGAACCCCAAUCAUUUGUCGAGGACAUAUUCCUUCAAUACGUCAAAAGCAUCAAAUACACCGAUGACCAGGGUGAUAAUGGUGACAUCACCAUCAUCACAAAUACCAUGCUCAAGGUGCUGUUUGGACAGCGAACCUUCAUUCAAAAAUCUUGGUUCAAAACAGCACAUGAUGAUAGCAUGUGA